AUGGAGCACCUGGGUCCACACCAUCUCCACCCGGGCCACGCGGAGCCCAUCAGCUUCGGCAUCGACCAGAUCCUCAACAGCCCAGACCAGGGCGGCUGCAUGGGGCCCGCCUCGCGCCUCCAGGACGGAGAAUACGGCCUUGGCUGUUUGGUUGGAGGCGCCUACCCUUACGGAGGAGCGGGCCCCGCAGCUGGUGCGGGGGCCGGGGGCGCGGGGGCCUAUAGCGCUGGAGGCCCGAACGGCCCCGGUGGCCCGGCGGGCGGCGGCGGCGGCGGUGGCGGCGGAGCCUGCAGCAUGGGCCCGCUGGCCGGCUCCUACAACGUGAACAUGGCCUUGGCGGGCGGCCCCAGUCCCGGCGGCGGCUGCGGCGGGGGUGGCGGCGGCGGAGGCGCUCUGAGCGCUGCUGGGGUGAUCCGGGUGCCCGCGCAUAGGCCGCUAGCUGGAGCGGUGGCUCACCCCCAACCUCUGACUACCGGCUUGCCCACCGUGCCCUCCGUGCCUGCCGUGCCGGGCGUCAACAACCUCACCGGACUCACCUUCCCCUGGAUGGAGAGUAACCGCAGAUACACAAAGGACAGGUUCACAGGUCACCCCUAUCAGAAUCGGACGCCCCCCAAGAAGAAGAAGCCGCGCACGUCCUUCACGCGCCUGCAGAUUUGCGAGUUGGAGAAGCGCUUCCACCGCCAGAAGUACCUUGCCUCAGCCGAGCGCGCCGCCCUGGCCAAGGCGCUCAAAAUGACCGACGCGCAGGUCAAAACCUGGUUCCAGAACCGGCGGACGAAGUGGAGGCGGCAGACUGCGGAGGAGCGUGAGGCCGAAAGGCAGCAGGCGAACCGCAUACUCCUGCAGCUGCAGCAAGAGGCCUUCCAAAAGAGCCUGGCGCAGCCGCUGCCCGCCGACCCGCUAUGCGUGCACAACUCGUCACUCUUCGCCCUGCAGAACCUGCAGCCGUGGUCUGACGACUCGACCAAGAUCACCAGCGUCACGUCCGUGGCGUCGGCCUGCGAGUGA